UGCGGCUUUACCGACAGUCGACACUACUUUUCAUUUUGACUUUACACGAAGAUUGUAAAAAUAUACUAAUACUUAUCUAUCUAAUAAUAAUUUUUGUUUUAUUAUUGUUAAUUCCAUUUUAAAUUACGUUAUUACGACAUUAUAUUACGACAGAAAAUUAUAAAGCCUAAAAAUAUGCGAUAGUACAUAUUAUUAGUAGAUCUUUUGUUGCAGUACAAAAUAUACUACAAAAAUGGUGUCUAGAAGUUUAACUGAGGUGUUUGUAUUAAUGCGAAAUAAUGCAAUUCACAGCCGAAAUCUCUUUUCAGAAUCGAUACUUUCUCUUGAAAGCAGUUACAAUUUAAAAGAAAUUGUAGGGGUAUGAUAAUGAUCAUGAAGGUGCUAUGCUGAUGAAAGCAACCACAGAUGACAUAGAAGCCGGGCUAGAUAUAAGAAUAGAAGUUAAUCCACCAAUCUGGAGUGAUUCCUUAGAGGAAGCACAUUACAUUAUAUCAAGGUUAAAAACAAAAAUAUCUGAGCUACAAAGUCGUCAUGAUCGACAGAUACGACGACCAGCAUUAGAUGACAGUGGAGAGCAGCAGCACAUUGAGAGGCUAGCUGCUGAUAUAGGCAAACACUUUACACAAGCUCAUGCAAGAAUCACAAAUAUCAAAGCUCAGGUUCGUCAUGGAAACAAAUCAGAACAAAAACUUGCAAACAAUGUGGUAUUAGCUUUAGUCACAGCAUUACAGGAUUUAAGUAUAAUAUUCCGAACGGCACAAUCAAACUAUCUCAUAUCUCUUACAUCAAGAGAAGAACGAUCAAAAGCCUACUUUGAUUUACCAAACUUUGAAGAACUUAGCUUAAAUGAUAAUGACUUGGAACCAGGCCUUACAAACAAUCAAACAGACUUACUUUUUUCUCUACCAAGUACUUCAAAUUAUGAAGAUGAGAACCAUCAAAAGCAAUUGCUACUCAUGGAAGAAGAAAACACCGCAAUGAUUGCGGAAAGGGAACAAGAGGUGAAUAAAAUUGUCCGCUCUAUUGUUGAUUUAAAUGAUAUUUUCAAAGAUUUAGCUCAUAUGGUUCACGAACAAGGUACAAUAUUAGAUCGAAUAGAUUAUAAUAUUGAGCAAACCCAAGUACAAGUGCAUGAGGGUUUUAAACAAUUGCAAAAAGCAGAACGAUAUCAGCGUAAAAAUAGAAAGAUUCAUUGUUUAUUAAUUUUGGCUGUUACAACUAUAAUAAUGACUAUAUUAUUAAUUAUAGUUAAAAGUUAACACUUUAUGUAUAAUAAAUUGUUAACUUUAAUAAUUGUUUAAGUUUGAAUUUCCUGCUUAAGCAAUCAAUACUUAUUCAAAUAAUUACAUAUAUUUAUAUCAGAAAUAUUGUUGUUAAUAAAGAGCAAAUUAGUAUGAUAAAUACAUAGCAACUAAAAAUAGUGUUAUAGUAAAAUAAGAAUGUGGUAUUGAUAGUAAUAACAAGCUAGGUUUACUUACCUUGUUCCUAUAUUCUUACGACAAAAUGAAAUUAAAUAAUUGUUAAAUUUGUUUUUGAAAAAAAAAAGCUAAAUACUUUGCAAUCUUAAGUUCAUGUCUAUUACAAACUUCGAUAUUUUUUUGUAAAAUAAUUCAAAUAAAAUGAAUUUAAUUGUUAACAAUUACAACCUAAGUGGAAAUCUAAAAUAAAAUCUAGUCUAAUAUUUAUUUAUAUUAAAGUAAGGCUUUAUAUAUUAUAGUAAGAAUAAAUAAAAAUACUUAAUCAUUAUUCUCCAAAACUAUAUUAAUUGCUGCUUGCUAUUCUUAAAAAUCCUAACUACUAAGAUGUUUUGUCAAAACCUUGUUGAAUCACAUCAUUUUAUAUCUGCAAUCUAUGAUGAAAUGUAUUGAUAUCAUUGGAAUUACAGGUAAUUUAACUGAAUAGUAAUAUAUGACCUGCUUUUGAUUUUAAUAUUUUACAUAGUAAAAAAAUCUUUGUUAUAUUAAAUCAAUAAAUGAUACUGAUUAUUAGAAAUAUUUUUGUUAUAAAAAAUAUAUUAUUAAUUAUAUAAAAGUCUAUAUGUAAUGACCAAUGCAAAACUUGUGCAAAAUUAUUAGUUUAUUGAGUUUGGAGGGUAUUUAAUGUGAUAAUUGGCUUAAUUAGUGAAAUAUUUUGUUAAGGUCUAAAUUAAACAUGCUUUUAAUAUUAUUAUACUAUUAGUUGAUUAUAAGCAGUACAGGUGAAAGUCAAUCUCUACUGUCAUUUUAACUGCAAAAUUGCUUGCUGUCAUGUAAAUAUCUCUCACAGUAUAAAAAGUCCUAAAUUUUAUGUAUAGAAAGGGAUAUUAUA